CUCUGGCAUUGUGCAAUCCCUGCCACGAAACAAUCCAAGUGCCACUAUGUAUCAGUAACAAAUUUGUAACAAAAUUGUGAUAAAAGAACGGCCUGCUUCCCUCGUUUCAGGCACAAAAUACUCCGACUCCCAAUUACUGCCAAAUAGCAAACCCAUUUAUUUAUUAUACUCGAAUACAUAUUCUGCAACUAGAACAUUUAUACAUUUACACCAGCAUAAUCCAUUACUCAUGCAUUUUAUUAAUCGUGCACUGUCGUUUGUUGCUACUGUUUUGUUGAUUUCCAGCGUGUCUGCUCAGUCUGACGGAUGGUCUACUGGUCCGUGUACAUAUCAUCCAUACGAAGAAGAUCUUGCGCGACUUGGUGCAACAGCAUAUGAUAAUGCACCUGGAUGGUGCGGUAUUCGAUACUCGGCACUCAACAUUCAGCGUAUCGUGGCAGUAAAUGGACUUGGUUCAAGCAUGUGUGCACAGUGUCUUGAAUUCCGAAAUGCAGCAGGCGGACCAUCAAUGUUCGUGUUGGCUGUAGACCAAAAAGGAGCGCCUGGUUUGGAUGUGUCGCACACUAGUUUCCAAAAUGCCUUUCCAGGUGCCAAUGCGUUGGACCCACAGACUUGUUCGUGGAGAAUUACCUCGCAGAGUUACUGCAGCGGCACAUGUUUUGGAUCUCCAGAAGAAUGCACUCCUGGACAGCGUAAUCUGCUGCCUGCAUAUUUGCUUCCUCCAGUUGGGUCUUCUGGUAAACCUCAUCCAACUCCAACUCCCAACUCAGAUCCUGAACCAACACCCAAACCUGAACCUGAGCCAGCACCUAAACCUGAACCUGAAUCAAGUCCAGAUUCCACCACUCGCAAGCCAACACACUCACAGAUCCCUCAACAACCAGCCGAGUUGCCAUCGUCGCAGUCAGUAGUCUCUUCUAGUCUUACUCACGCUUCUGAUCAAACAACAGUCCAAUCGCCUGUUUUAACGCAGACUCUUAAACAGUCUUCCAGUUCAAUGUCGGCAUCAGCAUCGACUCAACACAUGCCAUUGUCCACAUCACAACUUGGUACAAAUGGUGAAACUGCACCAAUGCCACACACUGGUGCAGGACUAGUAUCCAGUUCAUUGAGCAUACUUGGUGAUAUAAACGCACAUCUUGCUUUGGCUGUAUUGACCACUGCCAUUAUUUCACUAGUCACCGAUGUGUUGUAAUGUCAGAUCUGCAUUAUCACUUGAAGUCUACCGACUCUAGUGUGCAUGUUGCAACUAUACUGUCUAUUUGUCCAUCAUAGUAUUUUAAUUUUCAAAUGAAUUCACUACAUUAGAUACAAUUUAC